AUGCAUAUCAUCAAGCCAGUCUGGCUCACUCAUGGAGGCGAACGGAAAGACUUUGAAGUCUAUAGUUGCGAUGUAUCGCCCGAUGGAAAGAGACUGGUGACUGCUGCUGGAGAUGGAUACGUUCGGAUCUGGUCUACAGAGGCCAUCUACAACACAGGCAAUCCUGAGUUCGCCGAUAAGCCCAAGCAGCUUGCGUCUAUGAGCAACCACUCCGGCACAAUUCAUACGGUUCGCUUCUCACCGAAUGGGAAAUAUCUUGCAUCGGGAGCGGACGAUAAGAUUGUUUGCGUUUACACUCUUGAUGCUAACCCGCCAACGCACUCGACAUUCGGUUCCGAUGAAGCACCUCCAGUCGAGAAUUGGCGUACUAUCCGGCGAUUGAUCGGGCACGACAACGAUGUCCAGGAUUUGGGGUGGUCGCACGACUCAUCGAUUCUGGUUUCCGUCGGUCUCGACUCGAAAGUGGUUGUGUGGUCAGGGCAUACUUUUGAAAAGCUGAAAACGAUAUCGGUUCACCAGAGUCAUGUCAAGGGUAUCACUUUUGACCCAGCAAACAAGUACUUUGCUACCGCCAGUGAUGAUCGCACUGUUCGCAUCUUCCGAUUCACCUCUCCAGCCCCCAACUCUUCCUCUCACGACCAAAUGAACAACUUCGUCCUCGAGCAAACCAUCUCCGCCCCAUUCGCGAACUCUCCACUGACAGCAUACUUCCGACGCUGUUCAUGGUCACCCGACGGAAUGCACAUUGCGGCUGCAAACGCGGUCAAUGGCCCUGUCAGCUCAGUUGCAAUUAUAAAUCGUGGAUCUUGGGACGGUGAUAUCAAUCUCAUUGGCCACGAAGCUCCCGUGGAAGUCUGCUCGUUUUCUCCCAGAUUAUAUUCAAGGGAGCCCAUCAACAAGAAUCCGCCUGAUGGCCAUGCGGCGCAUUAUAUCACUGUAAUUGCAUGCGCGGGAGCGGACAAGUCGCUAAGUGUUUGGAUUACGAGCAAUGCUCGCCCGAUCGUGGUCGCUCAGGAAAUGGCUGCUAAGUCGAUGUCAGAUUUGGCUUGGAGUCCUGAUGGCAAGUGUCUCUUUGCUACAGCUCUGGAUGGCACCAUUGUCGCGGCUCGGUUCGAGGAUGGCGAGUUAGGCUAUGCCGUGGAGAUGGAGGAGAACGAAAAGUCUCUGACCAAAUUUGGAACCAAUCGCAAGGGCGCCGGUAUUACAGAGACCACCGAUGGUUUACUGCUGGAAGAGAAGAGUAAAGCUGGUGAAAUAAAGGGAGUCGAGGGCCGCAUGGGCGCGCUGAUGGGAGAUGGCCAUGCUGCCGCUGAACCUGCUGUGAACGGAGGAACAGCACCGCAGCCAUCGAAUGGAACAACUCCCGCUCAAGCACCUUCUCCUGCGGCCGACACAAACAAAGCCCAGGCAAACGGGACUGCGUCAACACCGAAUGCUUCCGCGCCUGAGAAGGACAAACCUGAUCCCUACCAAGCUAAGCUAGAGAAACUCAAGCAGCGUCCGACGUACACAAAAGAGGGCAAGAAGCGUAUUGCCCCUCUCCUUGUCUCUGGGGCCGGAGCUGGCGAGUCUUCACUUCCUCAAGCUCGCCUCAUGGCUUCAGUAAGCAGCCAGGUAAAAGCCGAUGCUCCAACAUCUCUCGUUGACCUCUCGAAACCAUUUGACGGCUUGCCUAAGGGUGGGUUAACGGCUCUUUUGCUUGGCAACAAGCGCAAGCUUGCCCAGCUGGAGGGCGAUGAAGACGGCCAGGCUGAGAAACGCGUGGCUGCAGCAAGUCAAAACGGUGCAACGCCGAUCAUGGCCAACACUCCCGAUGGUCUUCUGCCCGCUCAAGUGCAGCCUGGAGCCAACGGCCAGCAACGAACCCCAGAGUUCAUCCGUCCUGCAGUCAUCAACCCUUGCAUGUCGGUCAGCCAGCUCCGUUUGGCCGUUCCCAAAAUCCGUACCCACAUACUACGCGCGCUUGAUGCAAGUGGGAAGCCUACCGAGCCGCCAGCUCCUGGAGGAGGAGACUCAAGUACCAAGUCACGAGUAGAUGUAGUGUUCGAGGCUCGCAACCCUUCACUAGCCAGCUUGACCGGCCGGGCUGUGGACCGCGAACCAGUCCGUCUCACACUCUUCCGUGGAGAGCAGCCAUUAUGGCAAGACUUCCUUCCCCGGUCGCCGGCUUGUCAGCGCAUUAGUUUUGGAAGCACAACCAGUCAUUCUGGAAUGCAACGGCCCUGGAUUCUCUGCAUCUCUUCUGUGGGCAUGUGCUACGUCUGGAACGUGAAGCAUCUCUCUUCUCCCCACCCUCCCGUCUCCCUCCAGCCCGUCCUCGACGCCGCCAUCCACACAUUGGGCGCGAAUCCUACCGCUGCACCGGCAAUCACAGAUGCACGCAUCAACUCCGAAGGUCGCGUGGUCGUAUCUUUAACCAAUGGCGAAGGCUACUCCUACUCCCCAUCCAUGUACACAUGGCAACGCAUCUCAGAAGCUUGGUGGGCCGUCGGCAGCCAGUACUGGAACUCAACAGAUGCCCCUGUCAGUAACCUUCAAGCAAGAGAUGCCCAGCAAGACACCAAGGAUGCCAAAGCAGCCGUUUCCGCUGGUAUCAUCCCCUUCCUUGAGCGCAACACCACGAAUGAAACGCUUCUACGUGGUCGUGCGUACUUCUUGCAACGACUCGUCAAGGUUUUGUUAUCCCGUGAAGGCUACGAAACCUUUGAAUCAAGUGCUCUAAAGGAAGAGUUCCGCCUAUACCUGAACAUGUACGCCAAGCGCAUCGGCGCAGAGGGAUUGAAAUUGAAGGUCGAAGAGCUACUCAAGAGCUUGAUCGGCGGUCUCUUUGAAGACGACGAAGGCACUGAGGCUAUCACAAAGCUUCAGGACAACGAGCGCAAAGGCCGGAACUGGCGCGAGGGCUCAGAAGAUCUUUGUGGCUGGCCACGGGAAACGUUAUUGAAGGAGGUGAUCCUGGCUCUUGGUAAAUACCGCGAGCUCCAGCGCGUCACUGUUCCAUAUGCUAAGCUUCUGGAUAUGGUGGACCGCGUGGAUGGCGAUGCGAUGGAUCUAUGA